CGCUUUCCGAUUAAUUUCAAGACUCAAAAACCUUUCCUCCGAACCAAGUUUCGAAACCAUGCCGCAAAAAUGAGCACCCCAAACUCCCAGUGCCAUGGUCGACUUCCCGAAAUCCCUGUCCCCCAAGCGCGUCCUCAAGCUCCUCCAAGCCGAAAAGAACACCCACUCCGCACUCGCCCUCCUCGACUCCGCCACUCGCCACCCCAACUACACCCACUCCCCCGACGUCUUCCACCACAUCCUCCGCCGCCUCAUCCACCCCAACCUCGUUGCCCACGUCGCUCGGGUCGUCGAACUCAUCCGCACCCAGAAAUGCCACUGCCCCGAGGACGUGGCACUGACCGUCAUCAAAGCCUACGCCAAAAACUCAAUGCCUGAUAAAGCCCUGCACGUCUUCCAGCAAAUGCGAGAGAUUUUCGGGUGCGAACCCGGCAUUCGAUCCUACAAUUCUCUUCUAAACGCCUUCAUUGAGUCCAACCAGUGGGACCGAGCCGAGCAGUUCUUUGCUUAUUUCGAAACGGUGGGGUUGCCCCCAAAUCUGCAGACGUACAACACUCUGAUCAAGAUUUCGUGCAAGAAGAAGCAGUUUGAGAAGGCCAGGGGGCUGCUGGAUUGGAUGUGGGAGAAGGGUUUGGAGCCUGAUGUGAUGAGUUACGGAACUUUGAUCAAUGCGUUGGCCAAAAAUGGGAGGCUGGGGGAUGCAUUGGAGGUGUUCGACGAAAUGCCUGAGAGAGGAGUCAGGCCUGAUGUCAUGUGUUAUAAUAUUUUGAUUGAUGGGUUUUUUCGGAAAGGUGAAUAUGUGGAGGCUAAGGAGCUUUGGGAGAGGUUGGUGAUGGACGCGGAGGCAUAUCCGAAUGCUGUUAGUUAUAAUGUUAUGAUUAGUGGUUUGUGCAAAUGCGGGAGGUUUGGUGAGAGUUUGGAGAUAUGGAAUAGGAUGAAGAGGAAUGAAAGAGGAUGUGAUUUGUUUACUUGUAGUUCUUUGAUUCAUGGGCUGUGUAAAGCGGGGAAUGUGGAUGAGGCAGAGAGAGUUUAUAAGGAUAUGGUUGAGAAGGGAGUAGUGCCGGAUGCGGUUAUGUAUAAUGCAAUGCUCGAUGGUUUCUGCCGAGCAGGGAAGAUUGGACAGUGCUUUGAGUUGUGGGAGGUGAUGGAGAAGGGUGGUUGUCGUAAUGUUGUGAGUUAUAACAUAUUGAUCAAAGGGUUGUUUGAAAAUAAGAAGGCAGAGGAAGCAAUGUCUGUCUGGGAAUUGAUGCAUGAGAAGGCUUGUGUUGCAGAUUCCACAACUUAUGGAGUAUUAAUUCAUGGACUGUGUAAGAAUGGUUACUUGAACAAGGCUCUAUGGAUUUUAAAAGAGGCGGAAAAUGCUAGAGCUGAUCUUGAUGUCUUUGCAUAUUCCACAUUGAUUAAUUGGUUAUGCAAAGAAGGGAGACUGGAUGAAGCAGCCAGAAUCCUUGAUCAGAUGGUUAAGUGUGGCUAUAAACCAAACUCUCAUGUUUGCAAUUCAUUGAUAUAUGGCUUUAUCCAAGCUACCAAACUUGAAGAUGCAAUUUGCUUUUUUAGGGGAAUGUCCACCAAGUAUUGCUCUCCAAAUGUUGUCUCCUACAAUACUCUGAUAAAUGGCUUAUGCAAAGUGGGAAGAUUUAGUGAUGCAUAUGUGUUUGUGAGGGAAAUGCUGGAGACAGGGUGGACACUAGAUGUGAUCACAUAUAGUUUGUUAAUUGAUGGGCUUUGUCAAGGCAGGAAGAUUGCCAUGGCCCUCAAUUUGUGGAAUCAAGCCCUUGACAAGGGAUUCGAACCUGAUGUAACUAUGUACAACAUUAUGAUUCAUGGACUUUGCUCUGCAGGCAAAGCUGAAGGUGCUUUGCAGCUAUAUUUUCAGAUGGGGUGUAGGAACUGUGUUCCGAACCUUGUGACACACAACACCCUAAUGGAGGGUUUUUACAAAAUUAGAGACUGUGGAAAGGCAUCAGAAAUUUGGGCUCGCAUUUUAAAGGAUGGGCUACAACCAGAUAUAAUUUCCUAUAAUAUUACUCUGAAAGGGCUUUGUUCAUGCAGUAGAAUAUCAGAUGCUGUUGGGUACUUAGAAAAAGCUUUGCAUCAUGGAGUUCUUCCGACUCAUAUAACGUGGCACAUACUUGUUAGGGCAGUGGUCAACGAUGGGGCCACUAUGCAGUCUUCUUGGGGUUAAAGUAGUGUGAAUGAAUUGGGAUGCUUUAAACUACCACACCGUGCUUGAAACGAUCCAUGGAAAUAUGUCCUUGGUAGAGUUGCUAGCUGCCAAGAUAUCUACUGAUAAUGAACCAUGCACAAUGGUGUAUUCUUCAUGAAGAACAUGCUUUUCUUUCAAAAGUGAUGCAAGGUGGAUGUCAGUUCUUCUACGAAUGAAGAACAACACUUCAGGUCACUAUUUGACAGAAGUGUGAGUUAUCCUAAUUUUUAAUUAUGUUUCUGACCAGAUUUUAAUGUCUAUACUAUAUGGCAAUUCGGUUCUCACUUAGGUCUUUAUGCAUCUCUUGCACACUAGUGGGUUUACAAAGAACUUGAAGCAUGGACUAGAAUAAUUAAAAGUUCAUUAAGCAUCAUAUAUGGUUACUAAUUUACAUAGUUAUUGGUGAUUGCAGUAAUAUCACCAAGAUCCUUUAAUGAUGCAAAAAUUAAGCGCUUGAUGUAUCAAACCCAAGUUGUAAGAUUCAUUUGGGGUUAUUGUAUAUGCUAUAUUUGAUAACCUCAAUUUGGCAUAAACUCAAUUAAUUAAUAGUUCAUGAAGCAUCAUAUAUGGUAACUCAGUUACACAGUUGUUGGUGAUUGCAGUGAUAUCACCAAGAUCCUUUAGAUGAUGCAAAAGUAAAGUGCUUGUCGUAUCAAAUCCAAGUUGUAAGAUUCGCUUGGGGUUAUUGUACAUGCUAUAUUUGAUUAACCUGCAAUUUGGCAGCUCCUGAUGCAGGUUGGGCGCUGAGUUUCUUUAUGGAUCCUAGACAAGACCUCAUAUCACUAUGUGGCAGAAGUAAGGGUCUUCCAGAUGUUAGAACACCAACCUUCCUCACCAUCUUUAGUGUCUAUAGCAGGUCUUUCUUAGUUUUGGGUCUAUCUGCAUUUUGUUGUACUAGUAAGUUUAUAUACAUACAAUAGCUCUGAUUGAAAACUUAGAUUCAUUAAUUAAGAAAACUGGAGGCAUGUUACGCAUGCUAAAUAAUAAUAAAAGUUCAAGAAGCAUCAUGUAUGGUUUUGGUGAUUGUAGUAGUAUCACCAAGGUCACCUUUUGAUGAUGCAAUAACAAAGAGCUUGAUGUAUCACCAUCAAGUAGUAAGAUUUACUUGGUGUUAUUUAUCAUGCUAUAUAUCUUUUGCUGGGUAACAGUACAGACUGUUUUCAGUUUCUUUUCUUGGGUAGGUAAAUACUAAAUACAAGAAAUGUAUGCAGUGAAGUCAGUUUCUCAGAUUUUCUUGACAGGCUACAUUUGUAAAUAGAUAUAUAUGGUGUGUUCUCAUGCUAUAUACUUUUUGUUU